AUGUGGGCAACGCCGAGGAGGACGCGGUCGGAGGCCAGUGAAGACGCGGAGAUUGUGGUGAACGUGGGCGGCGCGAGACACGUCCUGUGCGCCAGCGUGCUCGAGCGCUACCCGGCCACGCGCCUUGCGCAUCUCGCCGAUCGCGCCGCGGAGAGCUCGUGCGAUCUUUCGCGACUCUGUGACGACUACGACGUUGCGACGCGCGAAUUCUUCUUCGACCGUGACCCGGACGCGUUCAGAUGUAUCGCCGAAGUGUAUCAGUAUGGCGAGGUGCACAUGGCCAGGGGCACAUGCCCAGUACGCUUCAGCAAGGAGAUGGAGUUCUGGGGAGUGGACAUGGACCUGCUUGAUGAGUGCUGCAAGAGCAGCCUAAAGGAAGCAGAGGACGAGCUGUCUGAGAUUGCUGAGAAGGUCCGUGCCAUUCUGAAUGACAUGGAGGGAUGCCCUUCUAGUGGAAAGUGCAGGGCAUUCCUGUGGAGGCUGAUGGAGAAACCGGAGUCAUCCUGGGCAGCACGCACCAUUGCCCUUCUCUCGUUUCUCUUUGUUCUCCUUUCAUCUGUGGUUAUGUGUGUCAGCACUGUGCCUGAGCUGCAUGAACAGGAUGGUGAUGAUGGAAAUCGCCUUGAGAAUCCAAGCCUGGAAGCCAUAGAGACAGCCUGCAUCAUUUGGUUCACGUUGGAGUAUGUACUGCGGUUAGCUGCAGCACCCAGCAAGUUUCAUUUCGCCAUCUCCUUUAUGAAUGUGGUGGACUUUCUGGCUAUUGUGCCUUUCUACCUGCUCCUGGUGCUGUCAUACCUUGGCACUGCUGUGCUGCAGCUGGCUACUGUGCAGCAGGCGGUGCAGGCACUCCGUGUAAUGCGUGUGGCACGCGUCCUCAAGCUGGCACGCCACUCCUCAGGCCUGCAGACUCUCACCUACGCGCUCAGGAGUAGCUGCAAGGAGCUUGGCCUGCUGCUCAUGUACAUGGGCAUAGGUAUCUUCCUGUUUUCAGCACUCGGGUACACAGUGGAGCAGAGCCACCCAGAGACCAUGUUCACAAGCAUCCCUCAGUCCUUCUGGUGGGCCAUCAUUACCAUGACCACAGUAGGCUAUGGUGAUAUCUACCCCAAGACCACACUGGGCCGGUGCAAUGCUGCUGUCAGCUUCCUGUGUGGUGUCAUUGCCAUUGCGCUACCCAUCCACCCCAUCAUCAACAAUUUUGUCAUCUUCUACAGCAAGCAGCGUGUGCUUGAAACUGCAGCGAAGCAUGAGAUAGAGCUUAUGGCACUGCGCUCCAAGGAAGGAGAGCCUUUGGACACUGCUGGUUUGAAAUUCCAGAUACCAAGUCAGUUGAUGGGCAGUCAAGGAGCAUGGGACUAUGCCAAUCUUACUUCACAAAGUGAUGGCCACAUUCCGUUACUAAAGGACACAAGACAGAACACAUCAUUUCAGAAAUGCAAAAAGAGAGAUGGAUAGUGGACAGACUACAGUACUACUUUUUUUGAGAGGGGAAGAUAUCAGUGCAUUCAUGGAGCAUUUGGACCACAGUCUUCUUUUAUAAGCUAUUACUGUAACCACUGCUUGCAGAGAAUUAAGACGGAUUUUCUAUAUAAUGAUGAA